AUGGAUGGUUUGAUCUCAGGAUCUGAUUCGGAACUGCUGAAAUGGUUUGCACAAGCUGAGCUAAUACACAGCAGAUGGGCAAUGCUUGCUGUGUCUGGAAUUCUGAUUCCAGAAUGGCUAGAAAGUCUGGGGUUUAUUGAGAAGUUCUCUUGGUACGAUGCAGGAGCACAAGAAUACUUCGCAGAUUCCACAACUCUGUUUGUGGUGCAAUUGGGGCUAAUGGGUUGGGUUGAAGGACGGAGAUGGGAAGACAUAAUAAAACCAGGGUGCGUGGAUAUAGAACCGAGUUUUCCACAUAAGAAGAAGCCAGAGGUCGAUGUUGGCUAUCCAGGCGGGCUUUGGUUCGACCCUUUGAUGUGGGGUAGAGGGUCACCGGAGCCAGUGAUGGUUCUUAGGACUAAAGAGAUCAAGAAUGGUCGGUUUGCCAUGCUUGCAUUCAUUGGGUUUGUUUUUCAGGCAAUUUAUACAGGACAAGGCCCUUUAGAGAAUCUUUCAGCUCAUAUUGUUGAUCCAGGACACUACAAUGUCUUCUCGGCUUUCACAUCGCACUAGUGCUUGCUCUGCAGUAAGGAAGGAGCGCCAAGAAUUUACAUGCCAACGAUGCUGUGUUUCUUCUUGUAUUCUUGAUUUUGUCCAUUUGCAAAUGUAAAUAUUAUUUGAAAAUGACCAUUCGGAUUAUUUGUUGGUCAAAUCUCGAUGUGCUCUUAAUGAAAAGAUACGAAAUUCAUG